AUUUUUUCAAAAUAAUGAAUAAGGGUUGGGAAAUUGAUGAAGAUUAAUCUUUGGAUCACUUUUUAUCUUUAACUGAGAAUUUAGUUAUUAAAAAUUAAGCUAUUGAAAAACCUAAUAUCUAAACAAAGGUUUCUCCAAAAUCUAAAAUGCGAUUUAGAACAUCUUCUAUGCCAAAAGUUGAGGAAUUCAUUGAACCAAAGAAAGAAAUUAUUUAACAAAUACAGGAUAUCUAAAUUAAACAAUCACCAAAUAAAACACAGCUUAGAUAGCAUAUCAAAUAACAAAGACCCCUGGAUUCUCGAAUAUCAAUCAGAUCAACAUUAUUUUAGAGUCCAAUAGAACCACCAAUCAAAAUGGGAAGAACUUUAUAACCUAAAUUUUUCAAUCCUUUAAUAAGAGAGCAAUAAAAUAAGUUAUUACUAUCUCGAAAACUUAAAAGUAUGACUAACAUCUUUAAUGAUGAUCGUAAUACUUAAAAACGUGAUUUCAACUAUUUAAAAUAAUAGAGAUCUAAUAUAGUAUAUGUAGCUCUCUCGAAAUGAUUAAUAAAUGUAU